GGUGCUGGGCCGGAGCCGAGCUGCCCGCACCCUGACCCUCUCCGGGUGGGAGGGCCCGAAGCGCGGCGGGGGUGCCCAGCUAGCGCCUCUGCGCCUCCGGUCCCGACGCUGCGUGAGGAGCCCCGCUGCGGGAGGCCGGAUCCUGAGCUCACCCUGAGUGGGCCUUCUCUGAACCUUCAUCCUUGCUACUAGAGGCUUCUCAGGAGGUGUCUCAGUGCUCCACGUACCAAGCUUGGACAGAGAAAUCGACUCUGGCUGGAGGCCCAGCAACCAUGGCCCAUUACAAGGCCGAGCAGGACGACUGGCUGCUUGUCUACCUGAAGUAUUUACUCUUCGUCUUUAAUUUCUUCUUCUGGGUGGGCGGGGCUGCCGUCAUGGCCGUGGGCGUCUGGACCCUGGUGGAGAAGAGCGGCUACCUCAGCGUCCUGGCCUCCAGCACCUUCGCCGCUUCUGCCUACAUCCUCAUCUUCGCAGGCGCCCUUGUCAUGGUGACGGGCUUCCUGGGCUUCUGCGCUAUCAUCCGGGAGGACAGGAGCUGCCUCUCCACAUAUUUCUGUCUGUUGCUGGUGAUCUUCCUCGUGGAGCUGGUGGCGGGGGUCCUGGCCCACAUGUACUACCAGAGGCUCAGUGAUGAACUGAAGCAGCACUUGGCCCGGACGCUGGUGGAGAACUACGGGCAGCCCGGAGCCGUGGACAUCACGACCUCAGUAGACCGUCUCCAGCAGGAUUUCAAGUGCUGUGGAAGUAACAGCUCCGCUGACUGGCACCACAGCGCGUACAUUCUGUCUCAGGAGGCCGAGGGCCGCCGGGUGCCCGACAGCUGCUGCAAGACGGUGGUGGCCCGUUGUGGCCAGCGGGCCCAUCCCUCCAACAUCUACAAGGUGGAGGGAGGCUGCAUCAGCAAACUGGAACAGUUCCUGGCUGACCACCUGCUGCUCAUGGGGGCAGUGGGCAUCGGGGUGGCCUGUCUGCAGAUCUGCGGGAUGGUGCUCACCUGUUGCUUGCACCGGAGGCUCCAGCUGCAUUUUUACUGAUGGCCGACUGCGUCCCCCUCCGACUGCCCCUCACAAGGACAGGUGCCAAAAUCCCAUCUUGCAGGCCUGCAGAGUCAGCACCACCUUGCGUAGAAACUCCCAGAAACUCCCCCUACUCUGUGCCCAGCCCCUUCGGAUCCACCAAGUGCCCAAGACCAUGGCUCCUGUGGUUCCCACCCAGGCAGGGGGCACCCAUCCUGCCUGGAAACGACAGCUAGCACCCCUCACCAGGCCUGGGGAUCCCAUGGACGACAGGAGGGAGACAGGCCCUCGGCUCUCUCCUAGCUCCGGAACCAAGAAUGAAGGUCUUAAAGCUCCAGCCCCCUACCCCCCGGGAUGGCUGCACUGGGCACGUGAUCUCCCCACUGGUGCUGAGCACCCAUCCUCUUGUCUUUGCUUGCUGUGUUUUUCUCUGCCCAUGGGGAAGUGUUUACGGGGGUGAGGAGGGGACAGUCAGGGUUGGCUCUGUCUCUAGAAGAUCCAGCUCUUUGAUUUGUCUUCCCCCACACCACCUCACCUGGGAGUGCCUGCUGGCCCAGCUCCUUCCCACAGGGCCCGGCAGGAGGAGAUCUGAGGUAAGGCCCCGGAGCUAGUGUGGGGCAGCAGCAGGCUGGUAGGGAAGCCAGGGCAGAGAGAAAGCCAGGUAAGGUAACCACACCAGCACGUGUUGCACCCGGACCCCGUGCCCACCCUAGAAACCUUCCCUGGGAGAGGUUCCCCAGGAAACCAUGGCCUUGAGGCCCAGGCUGCAGUAAAUGACCCUCAGAGGUCUCCCCUCUAGGGCCUGAGUCUCAGGAAUGCCAGAUUUUUAAAAUGAUCUCCAGCUCUUCAUGUUGGUGGGAGUAAAAAUACUUCCUGAGUAGGCCAAAUCAGACCCUGCGGAGUUGAAGCCACUGAGAAAGUAUGGCUCUGAGUAGAGGGAUGCUGUGCCCAGAACCCCAUUCUUCCUGGGCCCAGAAUCCCCGGCCACAUAUGGCCACCACCAUGCUGCCUCCAGGAGCCCUCACUCUUGCUUCCCAGAGUGAAUAUAGUGGCUUCUUUUGGUUCUCUCUUGGUGUCUCUGAAUCAGGCAGGGAAUUUUCAGGAAGAACUUUCUUAAAUACUAAGGGAGAACAGAACAAAAAAAAUCCUAGGAAAUGCAGAAUAUAAAUGCUGGCAGUUUUCCAAAGAACAGGUGUCAACUUGUAAGACAGCCAUGGAGAUCCUCCCCCCUUCAAAUAGCUCUUACAAGUGAGUAACAUAGUGAGAGAACCCCACACCUGGCUUCCCACCUUCCGGCUGCCAUGCUUCCCGGGCUGGGGACCCUCUUACAUCCCGCCAUGAGGGAGUGGCCCCUUGUUGCUAAGAUCAAGGCCAAGAAAUGUCACACCUUGCCUCCCAACUCAUUGUAGGCCCCAGUCUGAGGAGCACAGCUCUUGGUGACCUGGGGUGAACUGGGUGAAGGGGUUCUCCCUCCCAUACACAGCUCACUGCUGUCCCCAAACCCAGCCCUCAACUGGAUGGAAACCGUGCAUACUCAGAGCAGGGAGUCCCCACACGAGCAGAGGGACGGCCAGCUUCCCGGGGCAGACUGCCUUCCCUACUCCGGGGAUCCUCCUGGGGCUUCUCUCCUCUGCCCUCAGGGCCCUGGGGUUGCCAAUACCAAUUCAGUAGCAGGAGACCAGCUCCCCAGCAAUCCCAGACGCACCAAGGCUGGAGGAAAGAGCGCUGUGACUAGCUUUGCUGCCUUCCAGCUUCCUGGGACUCAAGAAUGACGGACUCACAAGCUGUGUGCUGGGCCGGACAUCAGGCUGCCAGGUGUCACCACAUGAGGGCUGAGAGCAUUCCUCCUGGGCAGGCGGCCAUGCCCGGGGCGGUGCUGUGUCCUGUGGGACAGGUCAGCCCCUGGUGGAGUCCCUGUACUCUAUUGAGGCCAGCUGGGCUUGUGGAGACGGGGACAGCGGGUGGGCGGGAUUGCUUGCACACCUUGUCCACCCCCGCCCCCCACCCCGAGGUGGGUUAGGCCGUCCUGGCUGAGGGCGAGUGAUUCCACGCUGGGCACCAGCCCACCCAGAUGGCAGCUGGAGAGUGGAUGGACCAAGCUGCGGAGGGACCCGCAGGGAAUGGUGACCUGCUUGUUCGCGCUCACAGCCUGGGAGGGGAGAGGGUUAGAGGGAACUUCCUGAGGCCCAGGAUACGGCAGGCUCCCGCUCAGGGCACACAAAAGGCUGGAGUCCAGAGCCAAGGAUGCCGUGCCCAGUGAGAUAUGCCCACCCCACCUGAGAGGAUGCAGAUCUGUGCCCAGGACGGCUCCUUCUGAAACACUGCUUGGAGAGAGAGAGAGAGAAGGCCGUGACUUGAAAGCUGUCAUCAGUCCUGUGUGAGCAAAAGGUCCCUGCACACUGGGACCCAGAGAAGAAGCCAGUGUUUUGCAGAGGUCGGGACAUGGCAGAUGCUGGGAUGUGCACAGCCCAAGCCCCCACAGCCUCGGCCGUCCCUCCACAGCGCACUGGGGUGGACGCCCCAGGGGACGGCAUGUCCCCCACUCUCCGGAUGGCCUGUGUUGUGGGAGGCAGGAAUGAAAGUCAGCGUUUGGCGAGGAGAUGAAGGCUUGUUUAAAAUGUUUGUGACCACCCGUAUCUUCUCCCUACCUCUCCAGCCAGCUUUCCCCCACCCCACGGGCCCCUCCAGCCUCUCCACGGUGGGGAGCAUCCAGGGCCUCGUGGUUACUGAAGGCCUACUGUUUGCUUAGUGUUAGUCACAUAAGUGCUUUCUCUCCCAGGGAUCCCAGCAGAAAGGUACUAGUCUCCCCAUGCUGCAGAUGACGAAAUUAAGGCUGGGAGAAGUUAAGAGAUUGGCCAAUCAGCAAUGGCUGUCAACGUGCCACCCCCACCGGGUGGAAGGGGGGAGGGCGGUCCAGGCUGGGAGCCCCGUCUCUCAGCAUCCCACGGUUCCCCAUCCCUGCAGCAAGCCAUCAGGCUGCCAUGCAGGAACAUCACAUCCCUCGGGGACACUAACAGCCGCAGCGGGAGCCCCCUCCCAGACUGGAUGGCACAGUCUAUCUGUCCCCGGCCCGGCGCGCCCUGCACAUUUGCAAUCUGCAGAGAAGUGUGGCUGCCUUCAGACUGACGGCCAGGCCCUCCCAGUGGAGUGGCUCAGGCAGCAGGCAGGACCAUCGCUCAGGGGAGUGGCCAGCCUGUCACCUAGGUUGCCAAUGCCAACACCAGGUGAGGGCAGACCAGACCUGUGCAAUCAGAAUCCACAAACAGGGUGGGGAAUUUGGUGCCCACGCGAUCACACAUGGGGGCAUGGAGAGCUGGCGCGGGCACGGGACACGCCUCUUCCUGCCCUGUGCUGGGAGGCCAAGGUUCAUGCACUCAGAGCUGCCCUGGGCAGGGAGGAGGUGCCCCAGGUGGUGAGGUUAACCCCCUCCUGCUACCUUUCCCUCCCAUGUGUGGCCGAUGCGGGGCUCUGGGCUGGCGCAGUGUGGUCCCUCUCUUGGGGAGGGGGCACCUAGAAUCUCAUCAGGCCGCUCUCCCUGGGCACUGAGACCUGGAGAGACCAGAGCAGCACUAGGAGGGGUGAGGGAUGAGAGUGAUGAGCCCCCAGGACUCAUGCCCCACAGCCAGUUUGGGUCUUGGGAUCUGUCAUUCUGGUCCAUGCCCGGGUUUGGAGGUGGAGGAGGUGAAUUGAAACACUGUCAUCACCACCCACCGCCCCCUUUCUGCCUUGGAAAUGUUUGCUACUUCUGGCCACUUUGGGGCUGGGGAGAGAAGGGGAGAAGGGGAAGGCGGUUGACUAGCAAAGGACAGAACCCGUAUUUUAUGUCCCUGCCGUGAGGUGCUCACAUUGCUGAGGAUGCUGGUGAUGUGUCUGAACCAGACGUUCUCAAACUUGAGGGUGCAUCCGGUCCUCUGGAGGGCUUUCCAACAGACUGCCGACGUUCACCCGCUGAGCUCCACAUCUGCAGGGGCGAGGUCGAGGACCCGCGGUGUAACAAGCUCCCAGGUGCUGUUGGUGCUGCCGGUCCUGGAACCACCCUUUGAGAACCACUGCUCUAGACCACGCCACAGAGGACAGACACUCUGCCACCUUCCUGUGUGUGCCACAUGCCCCCAGGGUCCCGAAGCCCCUUGUGCUGGCCAGCUGGCCAGGAACGUGCCCUCUGUGUGGGGCCGCUAUCUUGGCCGGGAGGCUAGGUGACCGGGUCCUCUUUCCAGAAGGGAACAGAUCAGGCUCCCAGCCCUGUUUUCCCACCACUCUGUGUGCCUUGGGAGAGUUCAGCUCCAUUCUCGGCUGCCCCACUUUCUAGUUUAGCACUGUGCCCUGCCCUGUCUGUACUCUGUUCUCCAGCCUCCCAUGCACCCCCUUCCUCUCCUGCUUAUGCCCGUGAGCCACCCUGGGCAAGUGCCCCUGGGCAUUCCGGGCAGCCCAGUAUUAGCGAGGCCAAAUGGGCUUCUGGAACCAGCCGGCCCGUGGGUAUGGGUCGUCACAGUAUUCUAGAAACCGAGAAGGUGCCCUAACCUCCACGUAUAGAGAAAUUGCUCUGGUUGUAAACAUGCCUUCUCCUUCACUGGCCUCAGCGCCAGCCUGGCCUCACACGCUGGGCGGCGUGAUAAUAAAGGAAUUGUAUCUAGUACUA